CAAGCUGUUCCUCCAUGUUUGGGAGCAAACAUAAGAUCACUAUCCGAGCACAAUCCCAAUCAGAGGAUGCCGUCCGUCAGAUCCACGAAAACGCUUAUCUGUGAACGCCUAAAAUUAACCAGGUUCUAACCACAAGCCACUCUUGGAUAUCUACCCAAUCAAAAGACAGUAUCAAUUUAAAUUACAAGAACCCGAGGAUCAAGAUACCGGAAUAGUCUAUAAAUGUUCCCCAUCACGUUCUCCAAGCUUCAUCAUCAUCAGUGCAAUCUCGCAGAGCUACGAAGCCGGAGGGGGCUGUGGCCCUGGAAAUGAACUCCAAGGCUGCGGAUCCCGAGGCACAAGGCGGCGGCGGCGACGGCGACGAUCUGAGGGUGGGGCUGCUCAAAUCGAACGGCGAUGGUAAUAAGUUGGUGAUCGACGAGAUGCUGCGACGGCACGCCGGCGAGAUGGGUCGGUGGCAGAUGCGGCACUUCCUGCUGACGACUCUGGCGUGGUCCUUGGAGGCUUUCCAUACUAUGGUGAUGAUUUUCGCCGAUCGUGAGCCGGCGUGGCGGUGCUCUGGGUUAGGGUUUUGCCCGCCGGAUCCUUGUGGGCUUGGGCCGGGAGACUGGGGUUGGAUCGACGGCUCCGGGGUUUCCACGGUGGCGGAGUGGGGGUUGGUGUGCGGCGAGAAGUAUAAGGUUGGUCUUGUGCAGUCGGCGUUCUUCCUUGGAUGUAUGAUCGGUGCUGGACUCUUUGGCCAUCUAUCUGAUUCCUUCUUGGGACACAAAGGAUCUCUAACAGCCGUCUGCAUUCUGAACACUAUCUUUGGUCUCCUAACCUCAAUGUCACCAAACUAUUGGGUUUACUUCAUUCUCCGUCUCCUCACCGGCUUCAGCACUGGUGGUGUUGGCCUUUGUGCUUUCGUCCUUGCCACGGAACCUAUCGGGCCUUCCAAACGUGCCAUUGCCGGCAUGUCAACCUUCUACUUCUUCUCUGGAGGCAUUGCCCUACUCUCCGGCACAGCCUAUAUCUUCAAAUCAUGGCGCACUCUCUAUAUAGCCACAUCUCUUCCAUCCCUUCUCUUCCUCUUUGCCAUCAUUCCCUUCAUAUCAGAAUCACCAAGGUGGUAUCUUGUUCGCCGGAGGAUAAAUGAUGCAAUGAGUGUUAUGCGAGCCAUUGCUCAAACCAAUGGCAAACACAUCCCAGAUGGAGUUACACUCAUUCUUGAUGAUGAUAACGAUGAUGAUGUUUGUGAUGAGAAGCUUGAACCAAGCAACCAAACUCAAGCUAUCUCUGGCUCUCUUGUGGAUGUGAUAAGAUCUCCAAUUACUCGAAAUCGGCUUUUUCUAUCUAUUGCUAUAAACUUCUUAACCUCUGUGGUCUACUAUGGCCUCAGCCUCAACGUCGUCAACCUCAAAACCAAUCUAUACCUCAGCGUAUUUCUUAAUGCUGUAUCUGAGAUGCCGGCUUUCUUGCUCACUGCUUUGUUACUGAAUUGGUUGGGGAGGAAGCCAUUAUGUGCAUCAACAAUGUUUCUCAGUGGUGUUUCCUGUGUCAUAGGGAGUUUAUUGAGCAAUUCAGGGACAAUGAAAGUGCCGAGAUUGGUGUGUGGAUUAAUUGGAAUAUUUGGCAUGGCAGCGACCUACAACUUGUUAUUCAUUUACACUUCAGAGUUGUUCCCUACGGUGGUGAGAAGUGCAGCAUUAGGAGGUGCCUCACAAGCUGCACAGAUGGGUGCCAUACUUGCUCCUAUGGUGGUGGUUUUAGGGGACACGAUUCCAUUUGUGGUAUUUGGGUUUUGUGGAGUACUUGGUGGUUUGCUUGCGUUUCUCUUGCCGGAGACCAUGAAUAAGCCUUUAUAUGAUACUAUUGGAGGUUUGGUUGAAGGAGAGAAGAGUGAAGAGUAAAUGUAAGGUUGAAAUGGUAACUUUAAACCGUUAAAAUUUUUGUGAUUUAUUUUUAAUGGAGUUUACUAUGCUUA